UCAGCCUCUCAGACAGUGCAUAAGGUCAGACUUCGGCAGAGCCCUCAUCCCUUCUCCACAAUGUGGCGUCUCCUCACCUUCUCCUUCCUGCUGACGUCAGCGGCCCAGCACGACUCCGCCAAGACGCUGAGAGGUGAGGAGUGCGAGCCCCACUCCCAGCCAUGGCAAGUGGCCCUCUUUGAGCGCGGACGCUUUAACUGCGGCGCUUCCCUCAUCUCUGCACACUGGGUGCUGUCUGCAGCCCACUGCCAAACCAGCUUCAUGAGAGUGCGCCUGGGCGAGCACAAUCUGCGCAAGCGCGAUGGCCCCGAGCAGCUGCGGACCGUGGCUCGCGUCAUCCAGCACCCACGCUACGAAGCGCGCAGCCAUCGGCACGACAUCAUGUUGCUACGUCUAACUCGGCCCGUGCACCUCUCCCCGCAAGUGCGUCCCGUGGCCCUGCCCACACGUUGUCCCCAACCGGGCGAGGCCUGUGUGGUGUCCGGCUGGGGCCUGGUGGCUGAUGACAAGUCUGCGACCAAAGGGAACACAAGGCCAAAAGUGAGUCUCCCAGACACGCUGCAUUGUGCCAACAUCAGCGUCAUCUCGGCCACAUCUUGUAGCAAGAACUACCCAGGGCACCUCACGAACACUAUGGUGUGUGCAGGAGUAGAGGGCGGAGGCACGGACUCCUGUGAGGGUGACUCCGGGGGACCCCUGGUCUGUGGGGGAGUCCUGCAGGGCAUUGUGUCCUGGGGCGAUGUCCCCUGUGACACUACUACCAAGCCUGGUGUCUAUACCAAAGUCUGCAGCUACGUAGGGUGGAUCAGGGAAACCAUGAAGAGGAACUGACUAAUUCGGUCUCCCGUCUGUGUCUCUGACUGAGCAGGAGUUCCCGUAGCUGGCCAGCUACCCCAUCCUGACCUGGGACAGAACUAAGCCAUCCCUCAUGACCCAAUUUGUCCAAGACACACAUGUUAGCCAAGGACUUGUCCCGUCUCA